GUCCUAGGCUCGAAACGCGUUACAGAGAAAUAGCCAGGACCCAAACACUCGCGGAACGCCAUCUAUGGGGAAACGCAAGAAAUACGAGUUCUCGAAGGAUCGGGAACCCGCCACGCGAGGCGGGCCAGACGAUCGUGGAAGAUUCGGGAAUCCGACACGAGAAGGCGAAUACAAAGCGCCAGAAGGUUCUGGAUACGGACACCAGAGUAUAAAAACGGUGCCAUAUCCAAACCAGGAUCAGUAUCGUUCCAUCCGCGACGAGGAUCACAUCUCCUGGAGGACCAACCGAGGAAGUAGGAAAGAAGACCGCUCUCAACGCACAAUCGAGACGAAAAGAAGGAAGACCGCUCCAGCUCUAACUCAAGAAGGCAACGGGAAGGAAGGAUAAAUAAAAAUUAGGACUCCGUACUGGGCCAUUCCUAAAACUGGUGACCCCGACGUGAUUCCUUCCACCACACGUCUUCGCCAGAACCUUGUUGGGAACCGCUCUUCCAACCCUGAGGAUCAACAGCAGCAGCCAAGAACCACCCGGUUCCUCUCCGUACCUACACUGUAGCGUACCGCCCCGGCCACUCACACUGUGUUGCGAGUGUCGCUCCAGCUCUUGCACGCUGCGCUGACGAUUCUUAUUCCAGCCCGUGCACGCUGCGCUAUAGAGUGACGCUCCGGACCCUACCCGUCAACCCUACGGCGGCCGUCCAGACACACCGCUCCUUACCGCCGGAUUUCGUCCCACACCGAGCACACCGCAUCGAUUUGCCGAUCCUACCUCGCAGUUCUUUUCGUCGCAGCGCGUUGGGAUACGUACACAUCCACCUCUUGCGUUCUCUUCACCGCCUCCAGUCAGCGACUACCCGGGGAUCAUCCGUAUCAAACGAGGAGGAACCAUGCCCAACACGUUACAUAGUCCACAAGACGGUGUAACCGGAAACGGUAGUUCCUCAACCGUUACCAGCCCCGAUGCCGGAUUCAUCGCACCGCCGGUGAUGAUCAACAUACCUGGUGCACACGACCCCGCAACCAGAGUGCAGGAUCCAGAGGUGCUGACGAUGAACGCCUUGCGACUCAAGCCACCGGAGUUAAGUACAGCAGACAUCCAUACCUUUUUCUUCGCCCGGGAGAAUUGGUUCGAGGUGUUGAACAUUUCCCCCCGCAGUGACGCCAAGCGGUUCAACAUACUAAAAACGCAAAUCGCGACCAGCAUCCUUCCCGAAGUGCGACAUUUUCUUGAAAAUGUCCCCAGUACCGACCGUUACGAAGCUGCCAAGCGGUCUUUAAUUCAGCACCUCGAGGAAUCACAGCGAAGCCGCCUACAUCGUUUGCUGUCGGAGAUGCACCUCGGCGACCGCCGUCCCUCGCAACUGUUGGCCGAGAUGCGACGAACGGCAAACGGAGCCCUAACGGACCUGGCACUAGUGGAUUUGUGGAUCAGCCGGCUACCGCCGUAUGUACAAUCAGCUGUUCUUGCCGCCGCGAAGGAUGUCGACGACAAGGUGAAAGUGGCUGACGCCGUGAUGGACUUCUUCGCCCUCUACCGUCGGAACGGAUCCUAUCCAAAUGUAUCGGAGGUGACAAACGACAGGGUUGAACAACUCUCUCGCAAGGUGGACCAGCUAAGCGAGCAGUUGGAGGAAGUGCUGCGACAGAUCAACCAUCGGGAACACUCUCGACCGCGAUCCCGGUCUCGACCACACAGCAGGGCCAACUCACCAGCACCGGGAUCCAACUCCACCUGGUGCUAUUACCACCGGACAUAUGGAUCUAAGGCGCGCAGCUGCCAGGCUCCCUGCUCCUUCCACGACCGUCGAUAUGGAGCAAAACCGCCCCCUUCUUCAUCCUGACUAAAAACCGACAAGGCCGAGUGGGACGUCCACUCCUUAGUAUCCGCAAGUCAUCGCCUCACGGUAGUGGACCGUCGAACGAGACAACGCUUCCUCAUCGAUACCGGCGCCGAUGUUUCGGUAAUUCCUCGCCACCA